GUCGUUAGUCGGUCUCAAGCUAGGAGGGCCCAUUCCGGACUCCAUCAGCAACCUCGACCAGCUCGUAGGACUCUUUAUCCACAUGUCCACAAUCACCGGCUCAAUCCCAUCUGGAAUCAGCAACCUGUCAAAACUUCAGAGACUAGACAUUAAUUGGGGCGAGCUCACUGGUUCGAUUCCCCCUGCAAUUGGCACUCUUACAGACCUGAGAAGCUUAUCUCUCAAAGGGAAUAAGCUCACUGGUGCAAUUCCUUCUGUAAUCGGCAAUCUAACGAGUCUGAGAUAUCUUUAUCUCCAACAAAAUCAGCUCACUGGCUCUAUCCCUGCUGAAAUCGACCAUCUCACAAACCUUUACUUCAUAGACCUUGCAAACAAUCGGCUCAGCGACUCAAUCCCAGUUGCAUUAGGGAGUCUUACAAAGCUGCAAUACCUAGGACUUGAAUCAAACCAGCUCACUGGCCCAAUCCCUUCUUCAAUUGCCAAUCUUGUGAACGUUAUUCAAAUAUAUCUCAAUGAAAACGAGCUCUCUGGCACAAUCCCGUCCGGACUCGGCAACCUCACAAAAUUGACACGUCUAAAUCUUGAAAUAAAUCAGCUCACCGGCUCAAUCCCUAGUGGAAUCGGCAAUCUGGCAGCUAUCUCUUACCUGUAUCUUGGCAGCAAUCGGUUGACAGGACCCAUUCCUCCCUCCAUCAGCUUACUGACUCAACUCAGCACUCUCUCUCUAGAAAGCAACGAGUUGGAAGGCGAUCUAUCAGAGAGCAUCUGUGCUCUUUCUUCUCCUGCAAAACUGUACAUGCACAUGAACCGACUCACUGGAUCCAUCCCUUCAUCAAUCAGCAAACUCUCCACCCUUUGGUCAUUGAGACUUGGUAGCAAUCGUCUUACCGGAACGAUUCCUUCGACGAUCGGCAAGAUGACUCGCCUAGGCCAACU